GCCGAGCAGCUUUAAAGAAAAGGGAAUUCUAAAGGGGCGGGGGCCAGAGGAGAGCAUCCUUUUAGAGCCUGGGAGGGAGGGAAAAAACCUUAGCGAGGUUCCCGAGGCCCCCUGCAGCGUGGCCUUUCCCGCUUCAAACUCCAUUCCCGUCCCGGAAAGUUAAAAGGAAAGCCAGAACUGCUGCUGCUCUCCUGUUCCUCCUCAAUAAAUAUUCCUUUUACCCUCCCAGGGGAAAACAGAAAAGAACUCAUUUCCUUCCCAACUUGAGGGCUCAGAAAAGCUCGAGGCCUCGCAGUUUGAUUUGUAGCCGAGGGGAAUCAAACCAGGAAGGGUCUUGCCCCCGGUUUCCCUUUUCAAAAUCCCACCCCUCAUCCUUCCCGGGACGCCAUGUCCACCAGCAGCUGUAGUUUCAAGGACCGGUGCGUGUCCAUCCUGUCUUGCAAAUUCUGUAAACAAGUGCUCAGCUCUAGGGGAAUGAAGGCUGUUUUGCUGGCUGAUACUGAAAUAGACCUUUUCUCUACAGACAUCCCUCCUACCAACACAGUGGACUUAAUUGGAAGAUGCUAUUUCACUGAAAUCUGCAAAUGUAAACUGAAGGACAUCGCAUGUUUAAAAUGUGGGAACAUUGUAGGUUAUCAUGUGAUUGUUCCAUGUUGUUCCUGCCUCCUUUCCUGCAACAACGGGCACUUCUGGAUGUUUCACAGCCAGGCUGUUUAUGGUAUUAACAGACUAGACUCUACCGGUGUUAACUUCCUACUUUGGGGCAACUUGCCAGAGACAGAAGAGAGUCCAGAUGAAGACGUGUUAGAUAUCUCAGCAGAGGAGUGCAUUAGAUGAGUAGAAGAAUAGAAGUGUGAUAGAUAGAAUAGUCAGACUUUUUACUGUAUCCAUGUAUCAACUUUAAAAUUGCUAGUAAGGAUUUUCCAGCUAUUUCUUUUUUUGGAAAACAAAACUGGGGCAUUUGUUGAUUUAUUUAUUUGCUGUCUUAAAUUAAUUACCUGAGUUUUACUUGAGCCAAUGUUGUUCUUUCCUUCUCCUUACACUUCUAUUUCUUCCUCUCUUCAUUCCUCUACCCCAUAUAAGUGUAUUCUUAAGUUCACAUAGGAGAUUUUUCUCAUGUGCCACUCAGCUACCUCCCAAUCUGGGAACUUUUUCUUACAACUAGAUGCCAGGUAUCAUUAUUUUACAUUCUUGAAUAAGGGGCAUUAGUACCCACACCUGUAUCAACCAUGCAUAUGUCCAUGCAUAUAACCAUGCAUACUUAUGCGAUGCUCAACUUGGAAUUAAAGCUUAACAGAGGGUUUUUAAAAACAAGCUGACAGGUUUCCAUGGGUACUGGUUAUCAUAUGUUAUUUUGGUGAUAACUACUUUAAUAUGGAACAAGACUUUAUGAAUCAGCAAAUAUGAUAGAUUUUAAAAUGUAUGGAGAAAUCCUCUUGGUUUCUCAGCAUGAUGUUGGAUAAAUGAAUUUGUCAGAAAAUUAUCUAUAUACAGUAUACUGUCUACCUAUAUUAUUUAUUUACCUUCUAAAGUCGAAUGGAUAUUGUAUUAUGAAAACCAGAUAAACCAAACCUCUGUCUUUAAGUUUGCCUGUUCUCCUGGGCUUUCUCCAUAAAUAGCAAAUUUUAGAUGAGUAGUCUCAGUCCCAACCCUUAAAUAGAAAAAACAACAACUAAAGACGUGGUUUGUUUAAGCUGCUGUACAUUAUAAAGAGAGUUUGUUCUUUUGUAAGCUGCAUUCAGAGCCACACAGAAACAGGGAACUGGGAUAGUGCUGGAUUCUGGUUUUAUGUAUAUAAGCUAAAAUCAAUGUAUCACCUCAACUAGUAUCUCAGCCGUAGGCAUUCUGUGAAUAAUAAUACCAAAACAGACUGAGUUGCAGUUUUAUAAAUAAAGCUUUGUCCU